AUGUUCAGAAGCGCUUAGAGCGCUCCGGAGAGUAGACCUAAAAAGGGAAGGGGGCAGUCAGUAGCCAUCAUAAUUAAGACUAAACAGUAGUAACUAGGUUAUAAAAGCUAACGACAGCAGCGGUGCCUGGGAUAUCGCCUUCGGAGACUUUCCGGUCACCGUUGGCGGACUGACCAGAGUCGUGGUGGCAAUUUAAAGGCUGUUCCUGCUCACAAAGCGGCGUGCCGAGGAAGGACGCGUCUCUUUGAAUACACAGGAUGCACGGACCGCCCUCCGGCGACAGCGCAUGCCCAUUGCGCACGAUCAAGAGAGUUCAAUUCGGCAUCAUCAGCCCAGAUGAGCUUAAACGGAUGUCCGUUACUGAAGGGGGCAUCAAGUACCCCGAAACAACCGAGGGUGGACGUCCUAAGCUUGGUGGCCUUAUGGAUCCGAGACAAGGGGUCAUAGAACGGACAGGAAGAUGUCAGACAUGUGCAGGCAACAUGACGGAAUGCCCCGGCCACUUUGGGCACAUAGAACUGGCAAAGCCAGUUUUCCACGUCGGCUUCGUAAACAAGAUAAUGAAGGUUCUUCGAUGUGUUUGUUUCUUUUGCUCCAAGCUAUUAGUGGAUUCGAACAACCCAAAGAUCAAAGACAUCCUCAUAAAAUCCAAAGGACAGCCGAGGAAACGUUUGACGCACGUGUACGAGCUGUGCAAAGGAAAAAACAUCUGCGAAGGAGGAGAGGAGAUGGACAACAAAUUUGGAAUGGAACAGCAGGAGACCGAGGAGGACAUCAGCAAGGAGAAGGGCCACGGUGGCUGUGGGCGCUACCAGCCGCGCAUCAGACGCUCCGGCUUGGAGCUGUACGCCGAGUGGAAGCACGUGAACGAGGAUUCGCAGGAGAAGAAAAUCCUGCUGAGCCCCGAGCGCGUGCACGAGAUCUUCAAGCGCAUCGCGGACGAAGAGGACGUCAUCUUGGGCAUGGACCCCAAGUUCGCCCGACCGGAAUGGAUGAUUGUGACGGUGUUGCCGGUGCCCCCACUGGCUGUCAGGCCCGCUGUAGUUAUGCAGGGCUCUGCUCGCAACCAGGAUGACUUGACCCACAAGCUGGCAGACAUUGUCAAAAUCAACAACCAGCUGAGGAGAAACGAGCAGAGCGGCGCUGCAGCUCACGUCAUAGCUGAAGAUGUCAAACUGCUCCAGUUUCACGUGGCCACCAUGAUUGACAACGAAUUGCCAGGCCUGCCGCGGGUCAUGCAGAAGUCGGGCCGUCCUCUCAAAUCCUUAAAGCAGCGCCUAAAGGGGAAGGAGGGGCGAGUCCGAGGUAACCUCAUGGGCAAGCGCGUGGACUUCUCGGCGCGAACUGUCAUCACCCCGGACCCCAACCUGCAAAUCGACCAAGUGGGCGUCCCCCGAUCCAUAGCAGCCAACAUGACCUUCCCGGAAAUAGUCACACCCUUCAACAUUGACAGAUUACAAGAGCUGGUGCGAAGAGGCAACAGCCAGUACCCGGGGGCCAAGUACAUCAUCCGCGACAACGGGGACCGAAUUGACCUUCGAUUCCACCCAAAACCAAGUGACCUUCACCUGCAGAUCGGCUACAAGGUGGAAAGACACAUGUGUGACGGGGACAUCAUCAUCUUUAACAGACAACCUACACUACAUAAAAUGUCCAUGAUGGGGCACAGGGUGCGGAUUCUGCCUUGGUCCACGUUUCGACUCAACCUCAGUGUCACCACUCCAUACAACGCCGACUUUGACGGGGACGAGAUGAACCUCCACCUGCCCCAGUCCCUCGAGACGAGGGCGGAGAUUCAGGAGCUGGCGAUGGUGCCGCGUAUGAUCGUCACGCCGCAGUCCAACCGGCCCGUCAUGGGCAUCGUGCAGGACACCCUCACGGCCGUCCGCAAGUUCACCAAAAGAGACGUCUUCUUGGAGCGGGGCGAAGUGAUGAACCUCCUCAUGUUCCUCUCCACCUGGGACGGGAAAGUGCCUCAGCCGGCCAUCCUGAAGCCGCGUCCUCUGUGGACGGGCAAGCAGAUCUUCAGCCUUAUCAUUCCCGGACACAUCAACGUGAUCCGCACACACAGCACCCAUCCCGACGAGGAGGACAGUGGCCCUUACAAGCACAUCUCGCCCGGGGACACCAAGGUCAUAGUGGAGAACGGCGAGUUGAUCAUGGGGAUCCUCUGUAAGAAGUCUCUGGGAACCUCGGCCGGCUCCCUCGUCCACAUCUCCUACCUGGAGAUGGGCCACGACAUCACCCGGCUCUUCUACUCCAACAUUCAGACUGUGGUCAACAACUGGCUGCUCAUCGAGGGUCAUUCCAUUGGUAUUGGGGACUCAAUUGCUGAUGCAAAGACCUACCUUGACAUCCAGAACACCAUCAAGAAAGCCAAACAAGAUGUGAUAGAGGUCAUCGAGAAAGCCCACAACAACGAGCUGGAGCCGACCCCUGGCAACACACUGAGGCAGACCUUUGAGAACCAGGUGAAUCGUAUCCUCAACGACGCUCGUGACAAAACGGGAUCCUCCGCCCAGAAGUCUCUGUCUGAGUACAACAACUUCAAGUCCAUGGUGGUGGCUGGUUCCAAGGGAUCCAAGAUUAACAUCUCACAGGUCAUUGCCGUGGUGGGGCAGCAGAACGUGGAGGGCAAGCGAAUCCCCUUCGGCUUCAAGCACCGCACGCUGCCUCACUUCAUCAAGGAUGAUUACGGCCCCGAGAGCAGGGGCUUCGUGGAGAACUCGUACCUGGCUGGCUUGACUCCGACGGAGUUCUUCUUCCACGCCAUGGGAGGCCGAGAGGGUCUCAUCGACACGGCCGUCAAGACUGCCGAGACGGGUUACAUCCAGCGGCGUCUGAUCAAGUCCAUGGAGUCGGUGAUGGUGAAGUACGACGGCACGGUGCGUAACUCCAUCAACCAGGUGGUCCAGUUGCGUUACGGCGAGGACGGCCUAGCGGGAGAGAACGUCGAGUUCCAAAACGUGGCGACGCUCAAGCCCUCGCACAAGGCCUUUGAGAAGAAGUUCAGGUUUGAUUGCAGCAACGAGCGAGCGCUGAGGCGGACGCUGCAGGAAGACGUGGUGAAAGACGUGAUGACCAACGCCCACGUGCAGGGUUCGCUGGAGAGGGAAUUUGAAAAGAUGAAGGAGGACAGAGAGGUUCUCCGAGCCAUUUUCCCCACAGGGGACAGCAAGGUGGUGCUGCCGUGCAACCUGGCCAGAAUGAUCUGGAACGCUCAGAAGAUCUUCCGCAUUAACAUCAGGACCCCGACAGACCUCAAUCCUCUAAGGGUGGUCGAGGGCCUCCAGGACUUGAGUAAGAAGCUCGUGAUCGUGAACGGCGACGACCCGCUGAGUCGGCAGGCCCAGCAGAACGCCACCCUGCUCUUCAACAUCCACCUGCGCUCCACGCUGUGCUCCAAGCGCAUGACGGAGGAGUUCCGCCUCACCACGGAGGCCUACGACUGGCUGCUGGGGGAGAUCGAGACCAAAUUCAACCAGUCCAUUGCUCACCCAGGCGAGAUGGUCGGCGCCCUGGCUGCUCAGUCCCUGGGAGAGCCGGGCACCCAGAUGACCCUGAACACCUUCCACUACGCCGGCGUGUCGGCCAGAACGUGACGCUCGGCGUGCCCCGCCCUGAAGGAGCUGAUCAACAUCUCCAAGAGGCCCAAAACGCCCUCGCUGACGGUCUUCCUGCUGGGUCAGGCGGCGCGCGACGCCGAGCGGGCCAAGGACAUCCUGUGCCGGCUGGAGCACACCACGCUGCGGAAGGUGACGGCCAACACCGCCAUCUACUACGACCCCAACCCCCAGAACACGGUGGUGUCCGAGGACCAGGAGUGGGUGAACGUGUACUACGAGAUGCCCGACUUCGACGUGACUCGCAUCUCCCCGUGGCUGCUGCGCAUCGAGCUCGACCGCAAGCACAUGACGGAUCGCAAGCUGACCAUGGAGCAGAUCGCGGAGAAGAUCAACGCGGGUUUCGGAGAUGACCUCAACUGCAUCUUCAACGACGACAACGCCGAGAAGCUCGUUCUGCGAAUCCGAAUCAUGAACAGCGAUGAGAAUAAGUUCCAAGAGGAUGAGGAAGUGGUGGACAAGAUGGAUGACGACGUGUUCUUGAGGUGCAUCGAGUCCAACAUGCUGACGGACAUGACCCUGCAGGGCAUUGAGCAGAUCAGCAAGGUGUACAUGCACUUGCCCCAGACCGACAAUAAGAAGAAGAUCAUCAUUACUGAGGACGGCGAGUUCAAGGCCAUGCAGGAGUGGAUCCUGGAAACGGACGGCGUGAGCCUCAUGAGGGUCCUCAGCGAGAAGGACGUGGACCCCGUCAGGACCACCUCCAACGACAUCGUGGAGAUCUUCACGGUGUUGGGGAUCGAGGCGGUGCGAAAGGCUCUGGAGAGGGAGCUGUACCACGUCAUCUCCUUCGACGGCUCCUACGUCAACUACCGCCACUUGUCGCUGCUGUGCGACACCAUGACCUGCCGCGGCCACCUGAUGGCCAUCACGCGCCACGGCAUCAACCGGCAGGACACGGGGCCGCUCAUGAAGUGUUCCUUUGAGGAGACGGUGGACGUGCUGAUGGAGGCGUCGUCCCACGCAGAGAGCGACCCCAUGAAGGGGGUGUCGGAGAACAUCAUGCUCGGCCAGCUCGCCCCGGCGGGCACGGGAUGCUUCGACCUGCUGUUGGAUGCCGAGAAGUGCAAAUACGGCAUGGAGAUCCCCACCAACAUUCCCGGCAUCAGCGUGGCUGGACCCACCGGAAUGUUCUUUGGCACGGUGCCGAGUCCCAUGAGCGGCAUGUCGCCCGCCAUGACGCCCUGGAACACCGGGGCGACGCCGGCCUACGGCGCCUGGUCUCCCAGUGUCGGAAGCGGCAUGACGCCCGGAGCUGCCGGUUUCUCUCCCAGCGCGGCGUCCGACGCGAGUGGCUUCUCCCCGGGUUACUCCCCGGCCUGGUCCCCCACCCCCGGGUCCCCCGGGUCCCCGGGGCCCGCAUUGCCCCCCAUGUUCUCCACCACCUCCCUUUAUGUACUCGCCGACCUUUUCAAAAGUACUAACCCACUGUCUCCAAAGUACUCGCCCACUAGCCCAAAGGGCUCCACGUACAGCCCCACGUCGCCCGGAUACAGCCCCACCUCGCCCACCUACAGCCCGGCCAUCAGCCCCGACGACAGCGAGGAGGAGAACAUAUAG